AUGUUUGCCUGCCAGUUACACGACAUCUUGGCUUAUGGACCCCAGGUCCCGAGUCCAGGCCUAGAUGAACCCAUACGAAAUCUGUCCUUCACAGGGCACCUUAAAGAUGACAUUGAACUGCACAGGAAACGCUCUUUGAACUCUCGAGGAGCCAAGAAUGUUGGCGAGAGAAGAGGAGUGGGAGUCGGGACGCUGGGCGCUCGAGUCGGGACAUGUGAAACCGCCAAACAGGGCUCCUAUUGGCCCCCAAGGGCCGUGUGGGCGGAGACAGACCGGGGCAAGCGUGUUGCGGAGCCACCACCGCCGCCACCGCAGCCACAGCGCCCGCCCGCGCGCCAAGAGUCUGCUGACCGAGCCGUUGUGGAGAGGGUUCGCUCCUCCCCGGUGUUUGGGGCUGCGGGUGAAGGCGGGAAUUUAACUGCCUUCGUUCCCUCGUCCUCUGACGGCACCCCUCGUCAUCCUCUCCCAUCCUCCCCCAUCCUCUCCCUCGCAUCUACUCUCCUCCCACCGAUCUCUGCAUACCCUCGUUGUCGCCGGGCACGGCUGUGGUUUAGGAGGCUCGAGCCUGUUGCUGCUUUGCCUUUUUCCCGUCUUGUCUUGUCGGUAUUAUCCCUGCUCGGUAGGAGUCCACGGCGAACGACGCCAUCCGGAUACGCGGGAACUCCCCGUCCAACCCUUCCAUUCCAAUAA